AUGAUUUGCGGAAUAAGUAAUUCAGUUAGUUCACAUGAAAUUGCAAACACAUGUACUUCUACCAUAGAGAAUCGUAAUCAUAACAGUAUGCAUUCAGAAUUUCCCACUAAUCACUUAAAUAAAACUCCUCAUAUAUUUAAACCGGAAACCGGUAUGCGCUCACUGUCAGGUUAUUCCUGGAUUCCAAAUGAAAAAUUCGGUAUUCGACCUCAAUCACUUGGGUUAUACCAGUCAAAUGUUAUGUUACAUGACCAAAGAUGCCUGACUCCAAAUAUUACCGCAUUGGAUCCUUCAAAUCAACCAAUAAUGCAAAGUCUAGAUAGUAGUAGUAAGAAAGAGGAUUUUAACAGUAAGAUGUAUUUUAAGAAAAGAAAUGCAAGCUUUGAUGACCAGAAUAAAAAUGCUACCAUUCCAACGAGUUUGAUGUCGCCGAAUAUUAUUUAUAAUGGUAACGGUACUUUUAAAGGCGGAAAAUUAAAAACUAAUCUACCACAUUUUCAAUCAUCUCAUCUAAAGAAAAAUGAGUCGAGAACUUCAUAUAGAGGCAGUAUAAGAGAACGUAGCCCUGGAAAAUUAUUUUCCGCUAAAGAAACACAUUUACUAAAUUAUAAUGCCACAGGAAAUGUACGUGAAUCGUAUAAAUAUGCAGCGGCAGUCAACAAAUGCAAAGAAAAGAGUCGCGCAACGUUGGAUGAAGCGACCAAACUAUCUCAAACACGAUCUGCUUCGACACCAUCAAGAAAAUUACCAGAAGACGAUGUGAAAAACAGUAAAAAUACUGAUCUUCAAAAUUACCAUGAACCACAAUUACGUGGUUUUCAAACAGGAUUACACGAAGUUAAUGAAUUAAUGAAAAAGGAUGUUGAUGAUAAUAAAAUGGAAUCUUUGUCUAAGGCGAAUUUUAUCUCACCAAGUAUUAUUUCACACAAAACUGAACAUUUAAAUAAUAGUUCCUUACUUGUUAAGGCAGAUAGAAAUACACCUAUACAGUCAACGAAUAAUUCUCUCGCAUUAAACACUUCAACUAAUUGUAAUGUUACAAGAUGGUGUGAUAUGACAGAUCCUGCAGCGGUAGCCGAUUCGGCUAAACAAGGUUUAAAUCAAAAUAUUUACGUUAACAGUGAUUUAGGUGUAGGCAGUCAUUUACAGAGCGGUUAUUCUCAAAUGACGCAUAAACAAAAAACAAAACAGAAUUAUGCUUUACCGAAUUCUAAUUCUGCAACAUCUAGUUUAUCUGCCGGAGAUGAUAGGACAUUUUGUGAUAGUGGUAUAUCUUCGUCAUCUUAUUCUAAAGACAGUGCUUGUACAUCACCUUCUGAUUUAAAUGCCUUUAAUCCUACCACAUCCUUAGGAAUUAAUGAAUGGGUAUCUAAGUGUACAACACUAUGUAAGAAAGAUUCAACAUUCGAUUCAAACAAUCAACUAAAACAAAGUCAAGAAUUAUCAUUACCCAAAAUUUCACGUAUUCCAAGCAUAUCAAAGAUACAUGAAAAGCCGAAAAGAACUAAUUCCAUAGAAAUGGUCGAUACACAACCGGCUUCAAAUAUAGUUCAAAUCUCUCAAAAACCUAAAACAAUCGGGAAGUCGAUUAGUCAAUCGGGCAGGGAAGUAUUUUCUGUUAGUCCACAAAACAAUGACUUUGAUUCACCGAAUACUUCGCAUAAAUCUAACCAUGAUGCCAAUGCAUUAAAUAAGAUUUCUCAAUCAAUGAAACAUUUACACAACACUUCGUCUAGACUUCAUUCUACACCGAUUUCAACAAAUUCAAUGAUUUCAAAACGUCCAAAUAAAAUCUUUAUCAAUUCAACUAAUGCUGAGUUUGGUAAAAAUGAGAAAAUACAUUUCAAAACAAAUGAUAAUCCUACUAAUAAAGCCAGCGCUAAUACAUUGUCUCAUAACAAUAAUGAUACUUAUCAUUGUAAUAUUAAUAAAGAUCUUCGUCCAACUAGAAUCAAUGAAAAAAUCGAUGAUAUUCAGUGUAAUCUACCGCAACAAAUGUAUCUUUCUAAUAAAAUGAAUCGACCACAUAAACAAGUUCAUCAACAAUUGAAAUUUGUCAAUGAUCGACAACAGAAAACUAAUCCGAAUCAACCAGCGGUAAUUAACUCAGAAUGUAAUAAAAGUAGAAUUAAACGAGAUAAUGGGAAAUCAACAAUUCUUUAUGAUGAAUCCUUUUCGAAAAUAACAUCAGGUCAACCUAGUGAACUAACGGAUGAUUCAUGUGAUAUAAUAAAUAGUAGUCUGAAAUCAUGUAAUCCAGGUAGAGCUAUAUCAACAAAACCUAAGGAGUUAUUGUCCAGUCUGAUCACUUCAGACGAAUCUGUUGGUGGUCAGAAAAAACCUGCUGACAUUAGAGCAGUUGAAUCAACUGUAGAAACUAGGAAAUCUGAAGCAUCACUCUUAUCAAAGAGUUUACCAGGUACAGUUACAGAGAAUCCAUACGACAAACCCGCUGAUUUCACGAAUGAUCCUGAGUUAUUAUUGUCAUCUCUUUCGAAAUUAGGAUGUAAUCCGUGUUUAGAAGAUAAUUCUUGGGAUCAAAAUUACUUCUCUGAUGUUGAAAGUGAAUACGCUGCACUAGAAUUAGUACUACCUAUACCAAAACGUGAAAGUUUAACAGAAGCAGAAAUUGCUUUGGAAUUAGACAAAAAACUAUCAGAAAGUAUACAGAAUAAGUCGGCGGAUAGUUUUGUAAACAACAUCAUUCCAAAUAAUUCAUUGGGUGACAGUACGAUUUCUACAGGCAAAUGCUUAGAGCCUGGUUACUUUUCUGAUACAGAAGCCAUAUUCUCAUCUCAGCGCAAAUUCAAGCCGCUAUCUGAUACUAACACCUGUAAACUUCCCAUUGCUUCUGUAGCCCCAAUAAUGUCUACACAACCAACACCUUUGAGGAAUUUGUUAGGUGAAAAUCAAAAUUCCUUAUUUACUCCUAAAAAUAUAAACUUAAAGAAUCUAGAACUUCCGAGUAUUUCACAAUGCACUUCAAAAAUCAACGGUAUGAUGCAAAUACCAGAAACCAAAUGGCCAAGACUAUGCAGUCUACAGAAUCUUGUUCAUAAUGAAAAUAAAAUUCGCACGAAUCAUUGCUCUAAUCAUCAAAGCGGAAUCAACAAAACUUCUCGUCCAGUAACAAACGGUACUGUGGGUACAGGACCGCUUAGUCAAGUUAAACUGCCCUACCCGACUGUAUCUAUGAUGGCCAAUGUGGGUUCUCUGAACGAUAUAACUCAUGAAGGUCAUCAGAAAGGAAUAAAUAAUGCCUAUUCUGAUUCAGAUCAAUGCAAACGAAAUCGAAAAUUACAUAAUGGCGGUUUAAAUGAUGUUGCUUUGGCUUUUAAUUCCCCCUCAAUGAAAAGUACUGACUUGAUUAUUGAAGAUUUUCGUCAAGAAACUAAACGUCUACAAGAUGAUAUCGCUGUCCUACUGGGUCAUUUAUUCAUGAAGGAUAACAAGAUUGAAACUUUAGAGGAGACUAUGGAAAGUAUGGUGGUUCGUAUUGAACAACUUCAAGCCUUGGACAACUUCAAGAAUUCAGAAAUACAUGAACUACAAAGUAUCAUUGAUCAGCUCCGCUCAGAUGAUAUGAAUGGUAAAUCUGUGGCUAGCUCUCCAAAUCAUUUUCAACCUAGACCACCAAGAUCAACAUCUUGUCGUACUCUUCCUGAUGGUAUCUAUCUAGCGCUCAGUAUUAAUCAUUUGUUGAACAAAAACUAUGAAACCAUGUUAAGAUUACUCAAGCUUAAUUUAUUUGAAGAACAUAAUCAAUUUCAGAGAAAAUUAUGUGAUCGUUAG